GUGUUGGUGACUGUCAUCGGGAUUACUCCUCUACUAUAUAUGUUUAUCAUGAAGGUAACUUUGUUACUGGAUGAUUUCCCUUUUCAUUUUCAUGGAUAUAUUAUACGGGUAAUACGGGUACCCAAAGUACCCAAACGGGUAUUAGCGGGUACCCAAUGUUGUGAUUCUUAAUCCUAAGUCCCAUCCCACAAUAAUUAUAGCGGGUAUUUGGGUACCCGUAACCCUCAAAAAACGGGACGGGUUUGGGUAUACCCAAAUACCCAUUUCCCGUUGCCCACCCCUAAUCAGAUCUUCUUCAGGAAGUGGGCACCAGGCAUUCAGCCGGUUGACCCCAGUAAUUGAGGAAUUGCCGAUUUGGGUUAGAAUUUGGGGGAUACCUCUGGAGUAUCAUACGAUUGAAGGGCUUGAAUGGAUUGAAAGCACUAUUGGUCCGCCGGUCUGGAUGGAUCAAACCACAAGAAAGGGCCAUCAGUUGGAGUUUGCAAAGGUUUGUGUUAAUCUUGCGGCUGAUUGUGGUUUUCCAACUAAAAUUAGGUUGUAUCCAAAUGAUGAUCCGUGUUUCGAUAUUGGGAUUAAGUAUUUGAACAAACCUUCGGUCUGCUCUAAGUGUGAGGUCUAUGGGCAUGACUGCAAUAGAAGUGAAACUGUGGAUAAGAAAUGGGUGCCAAAAAUCAAAUCUGCUGGUGCUGAGGUAGGUCAGUCCGAAGUUGUUCCACCUAUGUUGGAAGCUGUAAGUAAGGGUAAAGAGAAGGUUACUGCUGAAAUGGAAUUUGAGAAUGAACCCUUGGAGGUUUCAGUGGAGGAAGGGCAAACUUAUGGUGAUUUAACCCUUGGGGAUUCUGGGGACCAUGCUGUGAGAUUUGUUGAUGUUGUGAAGGGUUCAGUUUCUGGGGGUAGUUCUCCUAUUACUUUGGAGAAUACUUCACCAAGCUCUGGGAGGCAAGCUCCUUUAGAGGAACCUCCUGAUACUCAGAAUCCAUGGAUUACAGCGAGUUAGAGAAAGAAGACACCUACUGCUCCCAUUUCAAAGAGAAGGGGCAGGGGAGGUAAGCGGAAAUGAAGUUCAUAUCAUGGAAUACCCGGGGAUUUAAAGACCCAGAUAAGAAUAAAGAUGUGCAACUACUAGUUAAUAAAUAUAUAUUAUAUUAUUGCUUUGUUAGAACUAAGAGUCAAAGUUGAUAAAGCUGAGGAACUAGUGAAUAAGCGUUUUCCAGGUUGGGAGAAGAGAAUUGUGGGAAAUGAUGCUGGCUUGAGUAAGAUUGGGAUGAUUUGGAGAUCUGAUGUACAAAUGAGGGUCCUUCAUAGUACUGAUCAGUUCAUUCAUGCUAUGUUCUGUUCUGGUUUUCCCUUCUUUGUUACUGUGGUUUAUGCCUCUAAUGAGGAAGCUGAGAGAAGAGUUCUUUAUAGUAAUCUGGGGGAUAUUCAGGUUCAAUCUGAACCUUGGGUUAUAUUGGGGGAUUUCAAUGCAAUAGGGGAUGUGACUGAGGCAUCUAAUUCUCCUGGAGUUAGUUCUAGUAUGGGGAUUUCAGAAAAUGGCAGUUUGACAUUGAGAUUGUAGAGCACAAGUCUUCUGGACCAUGGUUCACAUGGAUCAAUAAGUAGUAUGGAAAUCCAAAUGCGAGGAGGCUGGAUAGAGCUUUCAUAAACUGUAAAUGGUUGGAUGUUUUUGGGUCUAGCACAGUCGAUAUUUUGCGUCCUGCAGUAUCUGACCAUUGCCUAGUGUUUGUUAACACUGAUAGUUCUAUUAAAUCUCUCCCUAAACCUUUUAAGUUUUUCAAAUUUUGGAUACAAAAUGAAAGGUACUAGGAUCUGGUGAAGGAGGCUUGGAGCUCAGAGGUUGUUGGUUCACCCAUGGAGAGAGUAAGUAGGAAGCUAAAAAUAUUGAAAGGGUUGCUUAAGAAACUGAACAGAAGUGAAUACUCUGAUCUUCAUGAGAGGGCAAAGCUCAAAGAGCAGGAGUUGAUUGUAGCUCAGGCCAGUGCAUUCCAAAAUCCCUCAGCUGAAUCAUUUCGGGAAGAGGCUCGGUUAUCUGCUGAUGUCAAAGGUUGCUGGGGCAGAAGGACUCAUAGGUUGAGGCGAGUAGUAUUGAGGAAAUGAGAGAUCUCCUGCAGUUCAAAGUUGGUGAGUUGCAGCAAGCUGCUUUAAUUCAGCCAGUAUUGGAGGAUGAAGUCAAGAACACCCUGUUUGGUUUCAAAGGGGAUAAAAGUCCGGGGCCAGAUGGAUUCCCAGCUUAUUUUUUCCAAAUAGCAUGGCACAUAGUAGGUCCUGGCAUUACUUAUGCUGUGCAACAUUAUCUCCUUAGUUGUUCUCUUCCAGGUACACAUUCUACACUCUUAGCAUUAAUACCUAAGGUUCAGAACCCUGAGGAGAUGAAGUUAUUUAGGCCCAUUUCCUGUUGCAGCACGCUUUACAAGUGUGUAGCAAAAAUUCUUGCUGCUAGGCUUAGCUCAGUUUUGCCUUCCCUUAUAAUCCAUAAUCAAACUGCAUUCAUUAAAGGGAGAGUAAUUGGUAAGAAUAUCUUACUAGCUCAUGAGUUAGUCUAGAAGUACAAUAGAAAUGAUAUAUCUCAAAGAAGCAUUGUCAAGGUUGAUAUUAUGAAGGCCUUUGACUCAGUGGAUUGGGACUUUCUAAUAACUGUGUUAAAAGCAA